CCUCUCCGCCGACUACAGGCAGCUGCCGUCUGGCUGAUGUAAAGUUGCACCUUCGCAGCUGAGGAGACCCCACCGGCGGCCGCCUCUUCCAUUUUUAAAAAAAUAUAAACUAUUUACUUUCCCCUCCUCAGCGGACUGUCGUGGCACCUGGGCUGACAUGGCGACGGAGAUAAGUAAAGGUGUGGAACAAGUCUCAGUGGGUGAGCUGUACGUGUCGGACAAAUGUGGCAGCGACCAGGAUGGGGACGGCACGGAGCAGAAACCCUUCAAAACUCCUCUCAAGGCUCUGAUGUUUGCUGGGAAGGAGCCGUUCCCGACCAUCUACGUAGAGUCACAGAAGGAGGAAGAGCGUUGGGCAGUGAUCUCCAAGACGCAGAUGAAGAACGCAAAGAAGGCCUUUAACCGCGAGCAGAUGAAGAACGAUGCCAAAGACAAGAAAGAGGCAGACGACAACGAGAGGAGAGAGAAGAACCUGCAAGAAGCCAAGAAGAUCACCAUUGUGGACGACCCCAGCCUGCCUAAACCUGAAACCGUUAAAAUCCGUCUUCUGGAGGCCAAGAGAGGUCAGAGAGUCAAAGUGUUUGGAUGGGUUCAUCGCCUCAGGAGACAGGGGAAGAACCUGAUGUUCAUUGUGCUGAGAGAUGGAACUGGUUUCCUCCAGUGUGUUCUGUCUGAUGAACUGUGCCAGUGCUACAAUGGCUUGGUGUUGUCUACGGAGAGUACUGUAGCUCUGUAUGGGACCGUCACUCCAGUUCCUGAGGGGAAACAGGCGCCCGGUGGCCACGAGCUGCACUGCGAUUUCUGGGAGCUGAUUGGCCUAGCUCCGGCAGGCGGGGCCGACAACCUGCUGAACGAGGAGUCGGACGUGGACGUCCAGCUGAACAACCGGCACAUGCUGAUCAGAGGAGAGAACGUCUCCAAGAUCCUCAGGGUCCGAUCCACCGUCACACAGUGCUUCAGGGACCACUUCUUCAACCGCGGAUACUACGAGAUCACUCCUCCGACCCUGGUGCAGACUCAGGUGGAGGGCGGCUCCACGCUGUUUAACCUCAACUACUUUGGCGAGCAGGCGUACCUGACGCAGUCCUCCCAGCUCUACCUGGAGACCUGCAUACCCGCCCUAGGCGACACCUUCUGUAUUGCUCAGUCGUACCGAGCCGAGCAGUCCCGCACCCGCAGACACCUGUCUGAGUACACUCACAUCGAGGCCGAGUGUCCCUUCAUGUCUUUUGAGGAUCUACUGAACAGACUGGAGGAUCUGGUGUGUGACGUGGUGGACCGAGUGCUCAAGUCCCCCGCCGCUCCGCUGCUCUAUGACAUCAACCCCAACUUCAAACCCCCCAAGAGGCCGUUUAAGAGGAUGAACUACACUGAAGCCAUCGAGUGGCUCAGAGAGCACGACGUCAAGAAGGACGACGGCACCUACUACGAGUUUGGAGAGGACAUCCCAGAGGCUCCAGAGAGGUUGAUGACAGACUCCAUCAACGAGACCAUCCUGCUCUGUCGUUUCCCUGCUGAGAUCAAGUCCUUCUACAUGCAGCGCUGUGAUGAUGACAAACGCCUCACUGAGUCGGUUGACGUGUUGAUGCCAAAUGUGGGCGAGAUUGUCGGAGGCUCGAUGCGUAUCUGGGACUCUGAAGAGCUGCUGGAGGGAUACAAGAGGGAGGGAAUCGACCCGACCCCCUACUACUGGUACACUGACCAGAGAAAGUAUGGUACAUGUCCUCACGGCGGUUACGGUCUCGGUCUGGAGCGUUUCCUCACCUGGAUGCUGAACAGACAUCACAUCCGAGACGUCUGCCUGUACCCACGAUUCAUCCAGCGCUGCCGACCCUGAACACACACACACACACACACACACACACACACACACACACACACACACACACACACACACUCUGACCUGGCAUGUGGCAGCGCUCUGUUAGCUAUAAAAGGUGCCACCACAAUAUUGUUUUAUGUUCUGUAUUAUCCUGGAUCAUGAAGAGUUAAAUCUGUAGUGAGCUGCAUGAUGUCUCACCACAGACAGAGUUAGAAACCCCACCUGCUGUGCUCCGCCUCAAACUUCACUGCUUCCUCCUUGUUUGUUCUGACUUAAAACCUGAAUCUGAUCACGUCUGCCUCUCUUCAUGUUGGUUGAUUAUUUAACCAAUAUGAAUUAAUUAAUCGACACUGUAGUUUAUUGUGAUUGUGUCUACAAGUUCUAGAAAAAAAUCUAACAAUGUCUCAAAUGUGAUCUUGAAUGCUGCUAAACAACAACAUAGUAAAAAACUUACAAAUGUAGUUGCAGGAGUAAAAUUACAAAGCUGCAUAAUCACACAUUUUAAGUUAAUAUGUGCAGAAUGUUAUGGAAAACUGUAAAAAGAAUAAACGGCACAGUCCACCAGCCAGUCAGGAAAUCCAAUCCUGUAAAAUCUGUCUGCAUGCAACUCUGCAUGUCAGAUUCAGGAAUAAAAACAAGAUUCCCUCAAAACAAACCUGGAUGAACACCUGAGAAAACUAUGGAAGCACAUUCAUCAAAGACAAAUAAAUAGAGACACCUUAUCUCGUAAUCUUAUCUUUCGAACAACUUAAUCUGUUCUCACAACUAUGAAAUAAGGUCUCUAAUUUAUUUUCUUUUGAUUUUGUUUUUUUAAUGCAAUGUUUCUGUGGAAAACGUAUCAAAUUAGCAACAGUCAGUGACGGAUACAGAACGUUUGUGUUCCUGUGAUGUCAGUAGAUCAGUCUGUGGAUGUGCACUGUUCAUGUAUUUGGGAACAUUUUACUUCUAAUACUAAUACUAUUAAAGUACUACAAGUAACCUGCACUUAAAUAAAAUGGCAUUCUGAAG